CCAUUUCCUGUGAAAACCUUUUGUCUGCUGAUGUUACAAGUGAGUAGGAAGAGAAACUCAAUGCUCUCUGUUGAGCCUAGUCAUCAGUACAUCACAGGAUAUCUCUCAUUCUUUUGUCUUUUGAGUGUAACUUUUUAAAGGUUAGAUUUGAGUGCAUGUGAGGCCAUGAGGCGAGGAACAAAGGUGAAAGGUCAGGAGAGUAUGGGCCACUCUCUGCUCAGUCCACAGGAGAAUGAGAGACUGGAAGAUCUGCUGGGCAGGAGGUGUGUGUCUCUGUCUUCCGCAGUGGUGCAGCUGUUUAUGGCUCUACCGAGUGAGCCAACCCGCUGGACCUUUCAGCAGGCUGGUGUAGUUAGUUUUGUCAAGGACAGCCCUCAGCGCUCCUAUUUCAUUCGUCUCUAUGACAUGAAGGCAGGGAAGCUGGUGUGGGAACAAGAAAUCUAUAAUCAACUGAUGUACCAAAGGGCCAAGCUUUUUUUUCACACAUUCCCUGGAGACGACUGUCAGGUGGGGUUAAAUUUUGCUGAUGUAACAGAGGCUGAAAAUUUCUUCACUGUAGUGGAGGAGAAGAUCAGCCAGAGAAAUAAUCGCUUUGAGAACCAGCAGAGAAAAGGAUCUGUAUCUAGAGGCAUUGGGACACCUACCAUGACUCCAAUGGUGCCUCUUACUGUCCAGAACCAAAUCAUUCCUACCAAAUCAAAGAAAGAGAAGAAAGAGAAAGAAAAGAAAAAUAAGAAGAAAGGAUCCAAACUGUUGAAGGGACAAAUUGGAGCACCCAGUGGAUUCACGCAUGUCAGUCACUAUGGCAUGAGUUCCAACAAUGUGGACCCAGAUAUUAUGAAACUUCUGACCCGCGCUGGGAUCAGCGAAGCAGAUUUAAACGAUUCAGAAACCUCUCAACUCAUCUAUGAUGUCAUUGAGCGUUCAGGUGGAAUGGAGGCUGUUAAAAUGGCCUUUAACCAUCAGGAGUCUCCACGUCCUCCAGUCCCUGGUGGUCAUCGUGGCUCUCUUCCCCAAGUGCCUACUGGACUCUCCUCAGCACCUACUCCCCCUCAAGGUCGUACAGGGCCUCUACCACCAGUCCCUGGAUCGAUUCAAUCCUCUGGUCCUCCACCCACACGUGGUUCCCUUCCACCUACACCUCCAAGAGGCCACAGUGGGUCUCUACCAGCAGUUCUAUCUCCACAAGCCCUUGAGAGCCGCAGCCCACGAUCUGCAACAUUAGGGCCCCUGCCACCUGUUCCAGGAGGGCGGAACGGGCCCUUACCGCAGUCCCCAACAGCACGUAGUGGACCCUUACCCCCACCACCUUCAGGUCGGAGCGGACCAUUGCCACCACCUCCAGCAGAACGCAGAGAGUCUUUAACUCCAGUUCAAGGAAGAAGAACCGUAACUCCAGUGAAUGAAAGGCGAGGAAGUGUUUUGUCACCCCAGCCUGCUGCAAAGUCUUCCCUACCACUACCACCUGGAGCAAGGAGCGGACACUUACCUCCCCCUCCAAGAAACAAUAGUGGAUGCUUUCCACCUCCACCAUUAUCUGAAAUGCCAUUGCCACCUCCCCCAUCAGACUUUUUCCCUCCUCCACCUUGUGAAUCAUUCCCCCCUCUGCCAUCUGAAGACUUAGUUGAUUCUGUUCCUCCACCCCUUUUCUCUGAAUCGAGGUUUCCUCCUCGAAGUAAUCACCAUUCUUCUGGCUUUGCCCCUCCACCCCCUCCACUCUCAGCCAAAUCUUGCACAGGUGGUCAAGCUCCUCCACCUCCUCCUCCUCCUCCUCCUCCUCCCGCUGCCCCUACUAUAAUGAACAUUGGCAGCAAACUGGAGGGAACUGGUCCUCCCUCUCCAGCAUCCUGUGGUGGGACAGGGGGUAGAGGUGCAUUACUUUCCCAGAUACAAAUAGGGAAGCAGCUCAAAAAGGUGACCAGCAACAUAGAAUCGCCAUCACCUGCACUGGAAACAGAAGAGGGAAUAGUUGGAGCUCUCAUGAUGGCAAUGCAGAAGAGGAGUAAAGUCAUCCAUUCCUCAGAAGAGGAAGAUGAAUUUGACGAUGAUGAUGACGACGAUGAAGAGUGGAAUUAAUCCUGGUUUAAUCUGAAACAAUUAGCAUUGCACAAACCUGAGCAGUUUAAGCAUGUUGUGAAUGUUAACUUUCAACACUGAGUUCUCAGCCUCUGUGGGUGUAUAUAAUGCCUUCAAUACAACAGAGGUAUAGAAAAGGUAAUCAAAGAAAACAUAAACAGUAAAUUGAUUGCUUGCUCAAAUGUACUACUGUACACUUGGCAAGACUUGCAGUACGUUUGGUGUGUACACUUCCCUGCCUAGACCAGACAAUGAAAGACACAGGUAGCAAAUAAAAGUGUACAAUUUGUUAAUUUUUCAGAUGAUUAUUUCUUUAACAUUUAUUAUAUGUAAAUACACUCAGAUCUAAAUGUGAUAAAAAAAAAGUAAAUCUACUGCUCACAAAUUCUUGCCCAUUUUUUUUUUUUUUUUUUUGCCUAACAUUAUCUAAGAACAAGACAUUUCACAACCAGAGUAUUCUACUAUUUUAUGUAAAAAAAAGAAAAGAAAAAAAAAGGACAAAAAUAUUUCCCAGUUUAGUU